AUGGGAUUAGGAAUGGAAAAGUGCUGCUGUUUUAUUCCAUUACGAUCAGGUACACUGAUCAUCUCAAUCUGGUUCUUUAUCGUAUAUUCGUUUGACAUUAUUGCUUGCUUCACGCGUGUCAAUGCCUUUGCCCUUUAUGCUGCUCAAUCUGCCUGGCUGUGGCUUGAUAUAUACCUAAUACUGAGCUUUUUUGCCGUACUAAGUGGUCUGAUAGGUGUCUUUGGACUUUGUUUAAGCAUGGUCUCGAUUAUCCUCAUCCUGACCCACCGAGAUACAAUUAUCCGAACUUGUCUGAGAUCAGGGAUCAUCAGUUAUUCAAACCCAAUGGAGCUGCUUCAGCCAGCAAAUAUUACAGAAAGUUCAUUUUAUUCGCCUGUUCAGUAUCCACGAACUCUUAAUGCACAUGCAGAAAGCCUGAAUGAAUGUCGGACUGGUAUUGGACAUUUAAUUAAUCUUUUCAUAGUCCUUGUAGUGCUAUUCAGUUUUCUUCAGAUCUAUUUUGGAUUUGUAGUUCGUGCUUAUGCAGGGCGUCUUACUAAAGGUGCUCGACACCAUAGAUUACAUGAUCAGCAAAUCAAAGAUUUCGAGGAUUCCAGAAACCAUAUGUCGACCUUAUAUUAA